CACAGUGUAGGUACAAAGCUCUUUGUUUGAAAAAUAUGAAGCAAAAUGUCGUAAAGCUGGAAUAUGCUGUGCGAGGGCCGCUGGUCAUCAGAGCCGCUGCUAUCGAGAAUGAACUUAAAAAAGGAGCCAAUAAGCCGUUCAAGAAGGUAAUCAGAGCUAACCUUGGCGACGCACAUGCAAUGGGAGCGAAGCCUAUUACUUUCAUUCGACAGAUUUUGGCGUGUGCAUCGUUUCCAGAGCUGAUUGAGAAGUACGACUUCCCAAGCGAUGUGAAGCAGCGAGCUAACGAACUGCUGGACGCAUGUGGAGGACGAUCAGUCGGGGCCUACAGCGCGUCAUAUGGAAUAGAAAUCAUUCGCAAGGACGUAGCCAAGUACAUCGAAGAUCGUGAUGGGCAUCCUUCUAACUGGGAGGAUGUACUCAUAACGGCUGGAGCUUCCAUGGGUAUAAAAAGUAUACUGAACUUGUUUGCUCCAGGGAAUCCACCUGAUGGCGUGCUGAUUCCCAUACCUCAAUACCCCCUCUACUCGGCCACUCUAGUGGAAUUCGGGUUAGAAGGGGUGGGCUAUUACUUGGAUGAGGACAAAGGGUGGGGGCUAGAUAUGAACGAGCUGAAGGGUGCUUUGGAGAAAUCUAAGAAAACUUGCUGUGUCAAGUGUAUUGUUAUUAUUAAUCCCGGAAAUCCUACGGGUCAGGUGCUGAGAGAAAUGGGCAAACCGUACACAGACGAGGUAGAAUUGACCUCCUUCAUGACGAUCAGUAAAGGUUACAUGGGUGAAUGUGGACUCCGGGGUGGGUGGUUAGAGAUCGUGAACAUGGAUAAAGAAGUACAGACGCACCUUUAUAAAGCAUUAUCUGCGAUGCUGUGUCCGACUGUACUUGGCCAAAUUGCCACAGAUGCGGUGGCCAGACCACCAAAACAAGGAGAGCCUUCGUACGACCUGUACAUUAAGGAGAAGACAGCUGUAUUGGACUCCUUGAAGACACGCGCCAAACUGGUCGUCGAUACGUUCAACUCUAUGGAGGGAUUCAAGUGUAAUCCUAUUCAGGGUGCGAUGUACUGCUUUCCUCGAAUCCAGCUGCCACCGAAAGCGAUAGAAGCCGCCAAAGCUGAGGGAAAAGCGGCUGAUGUGUUCUACGCCUUCUCUUUGCUAGAAGAAACAGGUAUUUGCAUAGUGGCAGGCAGCGGUUUCAAACAACGCCCUGGCACCUACCACUUCAGAACGACCAUACUACCACAGCCAGAAUUGCUCAACGAAAUGCUCACAAUAUUCAAGGAGUUCCAUCAGAAAUUUACUAAGAAAUAUUCUUAGGUAUUUGUCAUUGUAUGUUUAAAAUUCGGCCAGUUUGUUGCAGUCUUGGAUGGUAUAGUCAAUUUCAGUUCUUGUUUACAUUGUCUUGCUUUAUUGAGGUGUGAAAUUGUAAAAAAUAUUUUUGAGGAGUGAGAAGCGUUAGCAACAACCGAGGAUCAACACGCAAAUCUUAAAAUAAAAGGUAGGUGUUGUCAUGAUUGAAAGUGACAAUAAGAUUUUUUUUUUAGUCUGUGUCGCUGAAGGAAAGUUAUUUUUAAAUGUUAUAACAAGGAACCAUAACCUGCAGAUCUCAUAGACGUCAGAAAUUACUUAAAAUUUGAUGAAACAAAAAAAGCACCUCAUUUCCAUUAAAACUUAAAAACUGCACUUUUAUGUAUUUCCUCAAAAUUAAAAGGUUGCAAGUAGCCUCUAAGAAAUUUGU